GUUUACACUGUUGUGUGCUUGAUGGGGGUGGUGUGGUGAGCGGUGGAUAUGUCUGUCAAAGGGAAGAGCAAUUCUGGCAGAGGCUUCCUUCAGCUUUGUAAAUCGCCAAUGUUUUAAUAGAUAAGAGAUGCCACUGUGUAACUGUGUGAGGUUUGUAGGGGACUGAGGAAUGCUUGUUCUAGCUCCCGAAACUGACUGUAACUCUAUUACCCUAGGAGUCUCAUCAUGGGGUCUACUGCUACAGAAAGUGAAGAAUUGGAAAACGCCACUUUUAAGUAUCUUACAGGAGAACAGACUGAAAAAAUGUGGCAACGGCUGAAAGGAAUACUAAGAUGCCUAGUGAAGCAGCUGGAAAAAGGAGACGUUAACAUCGUGCACUUAAAGAAGAAUAUUGAAUAUGCAGCCUCUGUGUUGGAAGCGGUUUAUAUCGAUGAAACAAGAAGACUGUUGGAUACCGACGAUGAGCUCUCUGACAUUGAGUCUGAUUCAGUCCCAUUGGAAGUCCGGGACUGGUUGGCUUCUACAUUUACACGGAAAAUGGGGAUGACGAAAAGGAAACCCGAGGAAAAACCAAAAUUUCGGAGCAUUGUGCAUGCUGUUCAAGCUGGAAUUUUUGUGGAAAGGAUGUACAGAAAGACUUCUUCUGUGAUUGAUUUAUCAUAUCCAGCAGCGGUUAUAGUAACAUUAAAGGAUGUUGAUAAAUGGUCUUUUGAUGUAUUUGCCCUAAAUGACGCAAGCGGAGAGCAUAGUUUGAAGUUUAUGAUGUAUGAACUAUUUACCAGAUAUGAUCUUAUCAACCGUUUCAAGAUUCCUGUUCCUAGCCUAAUUUCCUAUGCAGAAGCUUUAGAAGUUGGUUACAGCAAGUACAAAAAUCCCUAUCACAAUUUAAUUCAUGCAGCUGAUGUCACUCAAACUGUGCAUUACAUAAUGCUUCAUACAGGUAUCAUGCAUUGGCUCACUGAACUGGAAAUUUUAGCAAUGGUCUUUGCUGCUGCCAUUCAUGAUUAUGAGCAUACAGGGACCACAAACAACUUUCAUAUUCAGACAAGGUCAGAUGUUGCUAUUUUGUAUAAUGAUCGCUCGGUGCUUGAGAAUCACCAUGUAAGUGCAGCCUAUCGACUUAUGCAUGAGGAGGAAAUGAAUAUCUUGGCAAAUUUAUCCAAAGAUGACUGGAGGGAUCUUCGGAACCUUGUGAUUGAAAUGGUUUUAUCUACAGACAUGUCAGGUCACUUCCAACAAAUUAAAACGAUAAGAAAUAGUUUGCAGCAACCUGAAGGGACUGACAGAGCCAAGACCAUGUCUCUGAUUCUCCAUGCAGCAGACAUCAGCCACCCAGCCAAGUGCUGGAAACUGCACCACCGGUGGACCAUGGCCUUGAUGGAGGAGUUUUUCCGACAGGGAGAUAAAGAAGCUGAAUUAGGGCUUCCUUUUUCCCCACUUUGUGACCGGAAGUCGACGAUGGUGGCCCAGUCACAAAUAGGUUUCAUUGAUUUCAUAGUAGAGCCAACAUUUUCUCUGCUGACAGACUCAACCGAGAAAAUUGUUAUUCCUCUUAUAGAGGAAGCCUCAAAAGCCGAAAAUUCUUCCCUUAGGACAAUCAGCUCCAUCGGAGGAUUGAAAGUUGCUGAUGCGCUGAAACAAUCGAAUGUGAAGAGCAGCGUGAGUGAUGGGCCGGACUCCCCAGACUACUCCCUUACAGCUGUGGACCUCAAGAGCUUCAAAAGCAACCUGGUGGACAUCAUUCAGCAGAAUAAAGAGAGGUGGAAGGAGCUGGCUGCGCAAGGUGAGCCUGAUCUUCAUAAGAAGUCAGAAGAGUUAGUAAAUGCCGAAGAAAAACAUACUGAUAUACACUCUUAGGCUUGAAGUACCUUAACGGCUCAUGUCAUUUUAGACAUGAGAGG